CACCACCGAGGCGGCCACUCACACCACACCAACCCGCGCCGGCCCGUUCGAGCCCAGCCUCUACUUCCUCGGUCCGGCCCGCGUCCGGCAAGAGCACGCCCGUCCCCCAACUCCGCGUCCGCGUCCGCCGCGCCCGCCCCCGCCCCGACGCCGUCCUUGAUGAGCCUCUGCUCCAAGCUCUUCGCGCUGCUCCGCAAGUCCCGCGCGCUCGCCACCACCACCACGACGGCCGCCGCCGCGACGGCUUCCGCGACCGCGUCGGCCAACGGGAUGGAGGAGAUGGUGGCCGCGGCGGGCCCGCUGCGCACGCGCGUCUGCAUCAUCGGGAGCGGCCCCGCCGCGCACACGGCCGCCGUCUACGCGGCGCGCGCCGAGCUCAAGCCCGUGCUCUUCGAGGGAUGGCUCGCCAAUGACAUCGCGGCCGGGGGGCAGCUCACCACCACCACCGACGUUGAGAACUUCCCGGGAUUCCCCGAGGGUAUCAUUGGCACCGAGCUCAUGGACCGCUGCCGCGCGCAGUCGGUGAGGUUCGGGACCAAGAUCCUCUCCGAGACCGUCACCUCCGUCGACUUCUCCGUCCACCCCUUCCGCGUCGCCUCCGACGACACCGUCGUCCACACCGACGCCGUCGUCGUGGCCACCGGUGCCGUCGCGCGCAGGCUGCACUUCGCCGGUUCCGAUGCGUUCUGGAACCGCGGCAUCUCGGCCUGCGCCGUCUGCGACGGGGCCGCGCCCAUCUUCCGGAACAAGCCCAUUGCCGUCGUCGGCGGCGGGGACUCCGCCAUGGAGGAGGCCAACUUCCUUACCAAGUACGGCUCUCAAGUCUACAUCAUCCACCGCCGCAACGCCUUCAGAGCGUCCAAGAUCAUGCAGGCACGGGCGCUCUCCAACCCCAAGAUCCAGGUCGUCUGGGACUCCGAGGUCGUCGAGGCCUACGGCGGCGCGAACGGGGGCCCAUUGGCCGGCGUCAAGGUCAAAAACAUCGUCAGCGGCGAGGUCUCUGAGCUCCAGGUGGCUGGGCUCUUCUUUGCCAUCGGGCACGAGCCAGCGACCAAAUUUCUCGGCGGGCAGCUCGAGCUCGACUCCGAUGGGUAUGUGGUGACCAAGCCCGGCACCACGCACACCAGUGUGAAGGGGGUCUUUGCCGCCGGGGAUGUCCAGGACAAGAAGUACCGGCAGGCCAUUACCGCAGCAGGAUCAGGUUGCAUGGCUGCUUUGGAUGCAGAACACUACCUGCAGGAGGUUGGAGCACAGGAGAGAAAGGCUGAUUGACUUCAUCUGGGCCAAGCAGCUGGCAGCCCUACGAAAAAUUCCUCUUUAGUGCCGAAAGCUGCACUCUAAGGCGUUAUAUUGUGAACGGUGGGAGCUCCAGCAUAAACAGUAGAUUAUUGUUGUUCUUAGGCCUCGAUUUAUGAUACAUUGGAAAUUUGUUCUUACGAACGCGGACAAGAUAGUAUCCGCUAUUUCACAUUGUCACAAGUCAUGAAUUACAUUUUACGAAUUUGUGAAUCCUGGUUGCUAGUGAAGCACCUUUGUUGCUGCUGGUA